GAAUUUAAAGUAUCAUUUUACCGAGAAAAAGAUCGUAGAAAUCAACUUACAUACUUAAAACUUGAAAUAGAUGGAAAUCUAAAAAUAAUUCUUUCUGAUGCUUGUUUAAGCAAUAAUGUAAUCACAGAUCCCCCAAAAUUAGAUCUCAAUUCUUCUCAAGAUAUAUGCCAUGUCAUCGAUAAUACUAUUGGUGAA